UUAUAUAAAUUUAAUACUGUAUAUAAAAAAGACUUAAAUGUAACCCCAAGUGACUGUCACAAACUGCUAGCACACGGCCGCCUCAGUACUGUGACGUGUGCGUGUUUACUUGAACAGCUGAUCUCCUUCAGUCAGCUUCGUACGAUUUUCGUUCGUGCUGAGAUCAUGUCAUCUGAGAGUGAAGAUGAUUUCCAGUCAGCAGAUGAAGGUUCUGAUUUUGAAGGCUUUGAGCCUGGAGAACCAGUUAAGGAAGCAUUGACUCAGCCCCAGCCGCUGACACCCUCAUUAUUACCACAGAGUAUCCCACUAUCUAGUGAUGAGGAAGAGGCAGAUGUUGACACCUUUGACAAAGUUGAUAUAGUUAAGGAACAAAAUAACAAAUUUGAAUGCAGACAGAAGGUACAAGAUAUUGGUAAAUCUGCUGAAUCUACUGAUUUACUGGAGAAAAUGUCGAAGGAGAAGAUAAAACAGGAAGUAGAUAAUGAUACUGACACCUUUAAAGAAGUUGGAGCAGCUUUAAGUGAGUUGAGUCUCAAUGAUAUUAUACCUAAGACCAUAGAAAAUGUACCACCAAAAAAUGACAAGACUCUCACAGCUGGGAGAGAUUCUCCUGUGGAUGUUCAGAAGUUCAGUGAAUUAGAUAAGACAAAUUUUAAUUUAGAAAAGAAUAGAGAAGAAAAGGAUUUUCACCAAGCCACUAUUGUAGAAGAUAAUGUCACCAGAGAUGCUGACUUACACCUCAGUGGUGAAGAGGAAACUAAAGAAGAAGAUACAAGAUUCAUGGAAGAGAGAGAAAGAGGCAAAGGAGAGUUGAUUGAUAGCUUCAGUGAUGUACAAGAAGUCAUAAACAAAACAAAACAUGCAGAGAAGAGAAUAGAUGAACAGGAGAAAACCAAAGUAGAUGUUGAAUCAAAGAAGAUACCUGUAGAAGUAAAGCAGAUAGAAGAUGAUGUGCAGGAAAUAGAAGUGAAAGAAAUUGAAGAAACUAAGCAAACAAAUGUUAACCAGAGAAAAAAGGAAGUGAAAAAGUCAGGUGGUAGUAAUCUAAGUAAUAAGGCAGAAGAAGAAAAAACAACAGUACCUGAAAAGAGGGAUUCAGGUUCCAGACCGAUCCGGGAAUGUAAAAUAGGCAUGAAAAAGCCCCGUGAAAAACUUGGAGAACGGCUCGGCACAAGAAGAAUAGGCACAAGAGUAGAGAAGAAGACCUUAGAGAGUAUCAGUUCAGAUAGCAUCAUUAAACCCAAAGACGUUCCUAGUGAAGUAGACAAGAGCAUGCCACAAAAGGUUGUAGAUAAGCUAAAUAAAAGUAAAGAGAAAGAAAUGGCAGAAAAACUGAAGAAGCAGCAACAGUGGGAGGAGCAGCAACAGAGGUGGCAGCAAAUUCAUCAGCAUCAUGAUGGGAGGAGAGAUAUGUCUUCAGAAGGUGGUACUGAUGGGUGGGGAGGAUCUUGGGGCGGCUGGGGUACUUCUCUUCUCUCUGCUGCCUCCACCUUCACACGAGAAGUUGGCCGUGGUGUUGGUACUGUCAUGGAGACUGUGGAGGGCACUUUAGGUGUCCCAGAUCCUGUCACUAUGGCUCAGCAAGUUGCAGAGAAGGAAAAAAUGAGGAAAAGUGAAGAAAAAUGCCUAACAAAUAAAGUAGAAGAGGAAAAUCAAGGAUCAAAUGAGGAAGAGUGUUUGAACAUUAAUGAAGAUGGUGCAGCAGGCAAGAACAGUGAUGGUGGUGGAGAAGGAAGCAAGGGUGUAGUAGACUACAGCUUUGGUGGCCUCUCCUCUCUUGGAAAUUUGGUUUCUGGUGUUUCAGGAGUUCUAGAAACUGCCAGCUCAAAGGUGCUGUUAGGAGGACUCGAUACCUUGGAAGUCAUUGGACGAAAGGCAAUGGAUGUUAUUCAGGAGGGAGAUCCUGGACUGAGGAAAAAGAGAGCGAUCCUCUCUAAUAGGAAGCCGAACUUGUCUUUGAUGCUGCAAGAAGCACGGCAACGAGCAGCUAACGAGGAGAAUGAGCAAAGAGAUGGAGGGAAAGACUCAAAGCACUCACAGAGGAUUAUUUUUGACCAAACAUGGGAAGCUACUGAGGGACCUGUGCAUCUUGAGGCUCUGUCAUUGGUUGCCAGGCAGUGUGAAUCCAAGUUGGGAACCAUGCUGCAGAGUUUACCGCAUUAUUUGUUGGAGAAACUUAAUGCUACUAAUGCUGAAAUCAAGAACACAUGUGAGUUGGAGGAAGACAAUGUAUUGGAAGGAGAUUUAGCAGAACAAGUAACAAAUAUUGUACCGCAGAUUGGUCUUCCUCUUCACUUUCAAAAAAUAAAUAAGGCUUGGUCUUCAGUUGAGGAGACUGCAUCACUUAUUCAAGAGGCUGGAGUUGUUGAUGGUCCAACAGCUGAACGUGAAUUAUAUACAGCAUUAGCAGCUCUUGUGGUACAGAUGUCAGCCAUGGCUCACAAGGGAGCAGAGUUGUCUCUCAUCACCCCUGAUGCAGAUCCUCUUACUGUUGCUGUACAGUUUAAAGAGUUAACUAAUGUUGUGUGUGGUGGCAUUGAAAACAUCGCAGACCAAGUAUGUGGAGCUAUUACAGCCGGGGCCUCAGCAGCUGACCCACAAGUUAAUAACACAAUCACCAAUAUCUAUUUACAGACGGCAAGUGGCAAAAAUUACAUCCAGCAGGGUAUGGUCCUCCUAUCAUCGGUACUGCAGUAUGCUAACACUAAACAGAUGGUGGCACAACUUUCAUAGUUGGAGCUACUGUAUUGUUACGUGCCUCACUGGACAAGGAUUUACCAAACUUAAUUAAUCAUAUUUCCAUGGAUUAACUGACAUUUGCAAAAAUUUGUGGUCUUACCAAUUUAUUUUGUUACAUGGUAUUUAGUACAGUAUAUAAUAAAUAUAAUUUUGUAAGAAUAAUGAAUAUGGUGAAGACAUGAAAAAAAGUUUUUUAUUACAUUUUCCUUUAGUAUCUUUUGCAGCAAGUUUUAUCACUGA